AUGAUUGACAUUUGGUUCCUCGGGAUUUUAGUCAUCGCCGCGCAGGACUGCAACGCCCAGCAGGAUGAAUACGGGCAGGGGACUGUGAUAUACACGCAAGACCAGCUGAACCAGUUGACGCAGAACUGCACCACCCUCUACGGGGAUCUGAUCGUGGCCUCCAACUAUACGGGUAGCUUCAUCGUGCACAACCUGACCAACAUCACCUCGAGCAUCUCCGUCCAGAACUCCACCGGGCUGACCUCGCUCGAGGCCCCGGAUCUCAUCUCCCUCUAUGUGGCGGGCUUCAGCUACGCCUCCUCUCUGCGGUCGAUCUCGCUGCCGCAGCUGCAGACGGCCGAGGUCUUCACCGUCAAGAGCCGCACCCCGCUGACCGUGUCGGCCCCGAACCUGCGGAAUGUGAGCUACUUAAAUAUGCUGGGGAGUGGCAUUAGCUUCGAUUUCUCCAAGUUGGAGAACAUCACCACUGGAUCCUCGAUCUGCGGCGAGUCGGGAUGUGAUACGCAGUCAAGUCAGGUAAUGAAGAUCGACCUGCCCGCGCUGCGGCAGGCGGCGAGCCUGUAUGUCGGCGGGAACGUUUCCAGUCUCUCAUUACCGGUCCUGGCAUCUGCCGGCAACAUCACCCAAGCGACCACCAGUGGCUACGGCGACUAUGACGCAGGCUUCACCGUGCACACGACGCAGCACCUCAACUUCUCCGUGCCCGAGCUCAGCUACAUGAACGGUAGCCUCUCGCUGCGGGGAGUCAUUGAUAGCAUCUCCGCUCCAUCAUUGGUGAACGCAACAGCGGACAUCCUAAUCGAGGCCUGGACCCCACUAGCCGUGAACCUGUCCAGCCUCGAGUACGCCGACGACAUCACCGUCACCGGCGUGAUCACCAGCACGGACUUUUCCUCCCUCAAAAUGGUCAACACCUUCUCCCUCUCCUCCUCCAAGCACCUCAACUGCGACAAGGUCCUCCCGUCCAACACGAGCGUCAUCCACGAGCACUGCGACGCCGCGCCCGCCAAGAAAUCCACCUUGGCCCGCAACAUCGGCAUCGGCGUCGGCGUCGGCGUCGGCGCGUCGCUGCUGCUGGCCGUCGCCGGCAUCGCGAUCUAUCGUCGUAGACACGCUCUGACUAAAAAGAAGAGGAAGGGGAAGCAGGCGGUCAGAGCCGGGGCCGGGACCAGUACGGGCGAGGAUAACAGUACGCUGGAGUUGAGGCCGGUGAGCAGUGGGGAAGGGCGGGAGGGGGAAAGUCGCGGGUCGAUGGAUCGAGGCGCCGACAGUGAGGGAACACAGAGCCAGACGGCGGCGGUCGCGCCGGCGGUCGUGCCGAGCGAGCCUCCGCCGCCUUAUUCGCGGUGGGGGUGA